AUGUUAAUCGCUGAUCUUUCCACAGCUGUGACAAUUAAAAAGAAUCGACUUUGCAUGUUGAAUAUGGAAAAUGGUUCAUUUUUUUCAUCUAAAACAUCGUAACGACGCUCUGAAAAUUCACCCAUAAGAACGUGAGCCGGAGCAGCUAAAAUACUCGACACUUUCCGGUGGAUUGGUUGUAAAACUGUUCAGUCUGCUUUUUCUGCACCUUCUGGUCUGAACACGAUAAAUCUUUUUCAGGGUCUGUGGAUCCCUGAAGGAGAGGACGUGAGGAUCCCGGUAGCCAUCAAGGUUCUCCGAGAGGCCACGUCUCCGAAAGCCAACAAAGAAAUCCUGGAUGAGGCGUACGUGAUGGCGAGCGUGGAUCACCCUCACGUGUGUCGCCUGUUGGGGAUCUGCCUGACAUCGUCGGUGCAGCUGGUGACUCAGCUGAUGCAGUACGGCUGCCUGCUGGACUACGUCCGACACCACCGGGACCACAUCGGCGCUCAGUGGCUGCUCAACUGGUGCGUCCAGAUCGCCAAGGGGAUGAACUACCUGGAGGAGCGUCACCUGGUGCAUCGGGACCUGGCGGCGAGGAACGUCCUGGUGAAAACUCCAAACCACGUCAAGAUCACGGACUUCGGCCUGGCCAAGCUGCUGACGGCCGACGAGAAGGAGUACCACGCUGACGGAGGGAAGGUUCCCAUUAAGUGGAUGGCGCUGGAGUCGAUCCUUCAGUGGACCUACACGCAUCAGAGUGACGUCUGGAGCUACGGUGUGACGGUGUGGGAGCUCAUGACCUUCGGCUCCAAACCGUACGACGGCAUCCCGGCCAGCGAGAUCGCCUCGGUGCUGGAGAGAGGAGACCGGCUGCCGCAGCCCCCCGUCUGCACCAUCGACGUCUACAUGAUCAUGGUGAAAUGUUGGAUGAUCGACCCGUCCAGUCGUCCCAGGUUCAGAGAGCUCAUCGUGGAGUUCUCCAAAAUGGCCAGAGACCCGUCCAGAUACCUGGUCGUACAGGGCGACCUCCCCAGUCCCACCGACAGCAGGUUUUACUCUCGCCUGCUGAGCUCGGACGACAUGGAGGACGUGGUGGACGCAGACGAGUACCUGCUGCCGUACAAAGGACUGGAUAACCAUGACAACGGUCCCUGCAGCGCCACGAACGGCCAUCCGCUCAGACAGAACAGCGUCGCUCUGCGUUACAUCACAGACCCGACACACAACACGCUCGACAAAGACGACUGCACCGCUCACGGUACGCAUCUGUGGAUUAUUGACAAAACGUUAUUAAAAUCGAUAACAGAACGAUCGAUAACUUCACAGAAAAGUAAAACAGCAAAUGACAAACUGUCUUAACCCUUUGAAACCUGCACAACAUGACUUAAUUUCUUUCAAUAAUAUGAGAGGAGGAUAACAAGCAAGUUAACAAAAACGCCCAAAAAAUA